AUGAAACAAAAAAGAGAAAUUCCAAUUCAUGGAACAACUGAUAACAUCUUCUCGGAAGUUCGUGAUUCCUUUCGUCGGAAUUUCACUGAAGGUUGGGAAAAAGCAGGAGCUUCGUUUUGUGUUAUUCACAAAGGAAAAGUAAUUGUGGAUCUAUGGGGAGGAUAUGCUGAUAGAGAGUGCUUCAAAGAAUGGAAAGAAGAUACGAUUUCGACAAUCUUCAGUUGCACUAAAAGUGUAACAGCAAUAUGCUUUGCAAUUCUGGUCGAUAGAGGUCAAUUAGAUUAUUCUGAUAAAGUAAUUAAGUAUUGGCCAGAGUUUGGGCAAAAUGGAAAACAAGAUAUCACUGUAGAAAUGGUUUUGUCUCAUACGGCGGGGCUUCCAUAUUUUCCAGGAGUUACAUUUUCUGAAGAUGAACUCAUUGAUAAUAACAAAUUAUCUUAUAUCAUUGAAAAUCUGAAACCAGUUUACACUCCUGGAACACGGACUGCAUAUCAUGCAUUGACGUUUGGAUGGUUGACUGAUCAGAUUUUCCGAAGGGUUGACUCAGCACAUAGAACUGUCGGCCAGUUUUUCAAAGAGGAAAUUGCAACGAAGCAUUACAUUGAUAUCCACAUCGGAGAAUGUGCAAGUGAAGAAAAUCGUCUCGCGAGGCUUUUCAAAUGUCCUCCAACUCUUGUCAGUCGAGAAGUUGCAUAUGAUCGUUCGAUUUUGAAAUUGGCUCGGUAUUUCUACAAUCCACGUGGCUAUUUUUCUGCGGCCAGACGGAACUUGAGCUUAUAUGGAACUGAUUUCACAAUGUUCAACAACAGUGAUUUGAGAGCUGUUGGACAACCAGCAGUUAAUGGAAUUGGAUCUGCUAGAGCUAUGGCUCAAUUGCAUCAACUAGUUCUAGAUGGAACUCUUUUAUCGAAAGAUACUUUUGAGAAAAUAAAGUAUCCAAGAAACAUGACAGCAUUUGAUCAUAUGAUCGGAGAACCACAGAACAAGGAACAUGGAUUCACUUAUUUCAAAUCUCCUCUUAAAACGUGGCAAUUCGGACACCCAGGAGUCGGUGGACAAAUGGUUCGAGCAGAUGUUGAUAAUGAAUUGAUAGUCGCUUAUCUAACAAAUGGAAUGAAAACUGCUGGAUGUGAAGAUCAUAUAUUCACUUUUAAUCGAUUACAACGAAAGGUUUACGAAUGUCUGAAAAGGAUUCCAAAGUUCGAAUUGCCACCUCCAGAAGAAAUUGAUGAAUAG